UAAACCCGGCCGCUCGUCGGUGCUGCGCUCUACUGUGCGCGCGAGCGAGAGGCGAGAGCCACACACGGCGGAGGGAAACGCACGCGCUGCGGGGCUCAGACCCACUUUUGCUCGUCCGGUGGUCUUGAGUCAAACACGACAUAAGUCGCGAGGUGGGAAAAAAUGGGAUUAUCGGUGUGACCGGAUGAAGUGCGUCACACAGAGAGAAGAAACAGCGGAGGCGAGGAAGCGACAUGCGGAGCAGUGACACGCAAAAACACCGAGAACCGGGAGUGUGGAGGAACUCUGAGCCCUAACACACACGCGCGCGCGCGCGCACACACACAGCGCACAUACACACACACACACAUCUCUUACACACUUCACCGUGACAAGGAGGUUCCUGGAGGUUUCCUGAGUGUACAAAGACGACAAGCGAUGGAGCACGUCUUUGCUGAAAUUUCCUGCAGUGUGAUAAAGCCAAGUCAGAAGGAUGUGAAGAAGGUUUCCACAAGGAAAUAUUAAGACUUCGACUUCUUGUUCUCGUGAUGACUUUGUGAAACCAAGACGAAAUGGCAAAACCCUUCUACAGACUCCAGCGCUUCUUGCGGCGGACUCAACUGCUUUUUCUCUUCCUGGGCGUGGCUUACAUCAUGGCAGGAAGUGUUCUCUUGCUGCAGAGAUCAGGACUGGUGGUUUCUCAGAGGGAUAGCUUGCUCCCUCCACCCUCACUGCCUUCACCUCCACGAGCGCUCGAGGCUCCUGCUCUCAGGACAGGGUAUGGCAUGAUGGCUACACGAUUGGGUAGAAAAGCCUAUCAGGUGGCUCAGACGAGCGACGGGAGAGAAGCACAAUGGCUGAUGUCACGUAACCAAGAGAUCAGACAUCUUCGGCGACGCUGGUUCCAUAGCCUGAUGUCUGAGCAGGAUGUGAGCAGGGUUGAGAGGGUUACUCCGAAGAGGAAAGUCAGACACAAAGGAACCUACAUUGGAUGUUUUACGGACGAUGCCAAGGACCGAACCUUGAAGGGCAUGGUGUUCUACGAAUUCCGCAAAAUGACCAGCACUUUAUGUCAAGACACUUGCACAGAGAGUGGGUACCAAUACGCCGGGCUGGAGUACGGGUCCGAGUGUUACUGUGGCAACCGAAUCUCCGGUGCUCGGAUGAAAGAGGAAGAGUGUAAUCUGGACUGUAAAGGAGAGAAGGGGGCGGUGUGUGGGGGCGUGGCCCGGCUGUCUGUCUACAAAGUGGAGGAGGUUCUUCCUGGCCAGAGGAGAUACAGGAACGUACGCUAUCGUGGCUGCUUCAGAAGACCCGACAACACAAGCGCCGCCUCUCUGAUCCGCAUGAUCCAGCCUAACCUCACGUCCCAGACGUGCGUUGAAGCCUGCAUGGACAAGGAGUUUCCGUUAGCCACGCUAAGCACUCAGGAGUGUUUCUGCGGCUAUGCUACUCCAUACUUCUCCCUCCACGAUCCGGUGAUGGAGGAACACUGCGCUCAGAUCAACAGCAGCCUGACGACUGAAAAUCCACAGCCGAACUUCCUGCAGGUCUAUCAGACGCCCGUGCAGGACUCCAGAUGUACAGAGAGAAGAUUCCUGCCAGAGAAAUCGAGCCGCCUGGUGGCUCUGUCCAGUUUUCCUGGAGCGGGUAACACCUGGGUGAGACACCUGAUUGAGCUCGCUACUGGAUAUUACACAGGCAGCUACUACUUCGAUGGCACACUUUAUAACAGAGGCUUCAAGGGCGAGAAGGAUUACUGGAAAAGUGGACGCACCAUCUGCGUGAAGACACACGAGAGCGGCAAGCGUGACAUAGAGAUGUACGAUUCGGCCAUCCUGCUGAUCCGAAACCCGUACCGUUCACUCAUGGCCGAAUUUAACCGCAAAUGUGCGGGGCAUCUCGGCUACGCCUCGGACCAGCACUGGAAGAGCAAGGAAUGGCCCGAGUUUGUGGGCAGUUAUGCAUCCUGGUGGGCAUCUCAUGUCCUGGACUGGCUCCGAUUUGGCCGGAAGCUGCUGGUGCUUCAUUAUGAAGAUCUGCAGGAGUCUCUGGUUCCCAGGCUCCGCGCGGCCAUCUCUUUUCUCAACGUCAGCACCACAGAGGAACGUCUGCUCUGCGCCGAAACCAACAAAGACGGCCAUUUCAAACGCUCCGGCGUUCGCCGUCCCAACUUCGACCCCUUCACCCCGGACAUGAGGCAGCUGAUAGACAGUUAUAUUAAGGUGGUGGAUCAGGCGCUCAGAGACAGCAACCACAGCGGCCUGCCUCAGGAGUACAUCCCGAGAUGAUGAGGGUUCUAACCGUGGCAGUCUUUAGUUUUCCUUCCAAAUAUCAAUUUUAAGGGCUUUAUUCCAGAGAAAUGUUGCUUCUGUUCUUGGAGCUUCGUCAAGAUCUGAUGUUUCUGUUCCAGUUUUAAAGCUUUUGGCGCUCAGCAGAACUCCAUCAUGCUUAAUGUUGCGGUGAAGAUUCAUUAAAGUUUCAGUCUCAUGACAUCCUGGUUAACGUUACACGAGAAAAAACGUUGAGUGUUUGACCAAGUGGAAACUGAUGUCUAUAAUGUGUAUGACAUUUUCUAAAUAUUUGAUUUAAUAAACUUUGCUUAGUCUCCA